UUACGUCAUAGUAUGACGCUCAACGCAUGCGCCCUGGUGUUUUUUGGGGGGUCCACGUGUGAAGAAUGGCAGAGAAAGCUUUACUGGACCAAUCGCAGGUAAAGAAGGCCGUCCAAGCCCUGCAGGCCUUCCUAAAAAACAAAGCUAGUGGUGAAGCCCUGUUUCUGGAUGAGACUCAGCAUAUCAGCCUGCUCUUCACCCUGUGGAAGAUACCCAAAGAAGCCCAGACCAUACGCAUUCCCUUGCCCCAUGGUCAGCGGUCAGACACAGAAGAGAUUUGCCUCUUCACCAGAGAUGAGCCCAACAUGACCUCAGAGCAGACCCAGAGGUUUUAUAAGAAGCUUCUGCAGGAGAGAGGUGUCAAAAGCAUAUCAGAGAUCAUACCGUAUAAGGUCCUGAAGACGGAGUACAAACCAUACGAAGCCAAGCGCCGCCUGCUGGGAAACUUUGAUCUGUUCAUUUCUGAUGACCGCGUCCGCCGACUGCUGCCAUCGCACCUCGGGAAACAUUUCUACAAAAGUAAAAAAGAGCCGCUGUGCGUGAACCUGCAGAGCAAGCAUCUGGCCAGAGACAUCGAGAGGGUCGUCCAGGGGACCAGCCUGAAGGUUACCAACAAGGGCUGCUGCUGUAUGGCACGUGUUGCCCACUCGGCCAUGACUGCAGACGAGGUGACGGAAAACAUCGAGGCUGCCGUGCAGACAGUGGUGACCAAACUGCGCAUGAAAGGACCGGUGAUUAAACUCAUCCACAUUAAGAGUCAAACGUCGGUGGCUCUGCCUAUCUACACCUCAGACUUGGGCCAUCUCUCUGUCCUAGAGUCUAAACAAGCUCAGACGCCUAAAGACAAGGAAUCUGCAUCCACAAAGCAGACAAAGAAAAAUAAGACAGGGGACAAGAAGCAAGCAGAUACUACCGCAGAGGGCAAGGGGAAGGAGAAGAUGGUGAAGAAAAAUAAAGCAGCAGCUGAAGAGGAGGAGGAAGAAAUCCCACAGCUGGUUCCCAUAGAAACCCCUAUCAAAAAGCCUAAACUGGAGAAGCCGUCCAAAAAGAAGAAGCUGGAGAAAGCCCCCAAACCUGCAGCAGUGAAGAAAGGAACAAAAGCUCAGAGCAAACUGAUCAAGAAGACCGACUCCAAAGUAAAAAGAAAAGUACCUAAAGUGAAAUGAUCGUUAACGUGGACAUUGAAUUAUUUUUUUUUCUCUGUUCUUCUUUUUCCCUCUAGUUUUGUUGUAUUCUGUGAAUGUAAUGUUACUAUUUGAUGACAGUAGAGACAAAACUACUGCUCAUAAUGUGAUUCAAGCCCAUCUUGUGGUGAGUCAUCAUUCAGUGUCAGUGCCUUGGACUCGACCUAAUCAAGCAGCUAACCUGUGAAAGAUUCAGUUUUCAUAUACAGUGUUGGGGUUACGUGAUGUUGUAAUAAAGCCUGAACGCUGAAAUAUUUUGUCAUUAAAUGUUUAUGAAACUGGAGGAGUUUCAGGGGAGGGUGGAGCCUAUCCCAGCUACAAUAGGGCGGAGGUGAGGUACAUCCUGGACCAGUCACCUGCCUGACGUUGGUCUAAAGUGUGGUGCAUUAGUUUUCAUGUGUACCAUUGUCAAUACACCUGAUGGUUUUUGUGCAAUUUAUUGCAAAAAAUGUGCAGUUCUUUUAGGUUUUGUGGGUGAAAAAAUUACACAAACUCAUGUAUCAAAUACGAUACACAUGGUAUUGCAGGGUUAAGGGUUAUAGUUGGGUUAAUAUGAUUACUUUUUGCCACUGACAAAUGGAAAUGCAUUCAAAUUAUAUUUAUCUGAUUAAUAUGGGUUAUAAAAUUCAGCUUUAAUUGGAGAUGUUAAAACUUGUUGAAGAUUUAGAGCCAUUUUCUACUAAGAUUCAAGUUACAGACAUUUCACUAGUAACAGUGUUUGAGUCGUUUGUCAGUUAGGCUGGUGGGAGAUGUUGAUGAGUAUAAUUUUGACAAUAAUCCAAAAUGUGCUGAAAAAGGCACUCAGGAAGUUUUUGAAAAUUGUGGGGGGAAUAUUGUGCAGCAGGUCAUCUGUUGGUGCAUUUUACUUGUUGAAUGUGACGCUAACGGCAGUAAGAUCACAAAAGAGAAACCCCGCUGCUUGGUGAUGUCAGCAGAUUUAAUGCCUCAGGCAGUCAAUGCCUGCAAAGGAUUCAUGACAAGCUAAAAAUGAAGAUUUUAUGUACGGUGAUGCUAAUUUGCCCAAUUACAAUGACUUCCUGAAAGUAGAGGAGUGUGCACACAAAAAUGGAUUUAAUUCCUAUCAAACCCGAGUCUCCAUUUAAAAGCUAUAAUAAUAAAGCAAUGUGAAUAAAAAGCUUGAAUUUAACUGUUUGCCAACCUCAUAUUCAGAAUGUUUUUGCUAUCAUGUGCAGGCACAGCCUUGCUUAUUGUAAAUGAAUCACAGUUCUCAAAUAUGACAUUCAUUAGUUCUGAAAGGUGUUUUUUUUAAUUCCUCUAAUAUUUGGUAACUUGCAAAG